CUGGUGGAACGCGGUGAACAGGUUUACGCCACUGACAUUAACCCUUUGCCCGACAUCCGAGGUGUCGAACGCGACGCAAUCCGGAGCGCCCGCGUUGACAUCACCGAUUUCGAGCAGGUAACGCGUUCCAUCGUGGAAGCCGAGCCUGACCGCAUCAUCAACCUGGCCUACCUGCUGGGCGGUGGCGAGGGCAACCCUCACCACCAGAUGCGUCUGAACAUCCUCGGCAUGGAUAACUGCUUCGAAGCGGCGCGCCUGUUGGGCGUAAACCGGGUGGUUUAUGCCAGUUCGGUGGCGGUCAGCGGGCAGCAGUCAAACUUCGGCGACCGCCUGGCCACCGAGGACGACGGCACCUUCGGCUCCAGCCAGUACGCCGUGCACAAGAUUUUCAACGAGUUCCAGGCCAAGAUGUUCAACGAAAACUACGGUAUGUCCAUCACCGGUAUCCGUCCGGCCAACGUCACCGGCCCUGACAAGGUGCGCGGCUCGGUCGACCAUGUGCGCUGCGUAACGCUGCCCGCGCGCGGCGAACCGGUCAGCUUUCCCUACCAGGAAAUGAUGCGGCUGCCCAUCCACGUCGAGGACAUCGCCGAGGCCUUCGUCCGCGUGUCCCUGGUCGACCGCAGCGAGUCUCCGGUGUACAACUCCGGCGGUACGGCAAUCAGCCUGGGCCACCUGGCCGAGAUGGUGCGGGGCUACCUGCCCGACGCCCAGAUCAGCUUCGACGACCCUGGCGGACGGGAACACUCCGGCAACUACCUGGUGGACAACAGCCGCCUGCUGAAUGAGUUUGAACUGGCCUAUGCGCCACUAUCCCAGCGUGUGCUGGAAAUUAUCAACGACGUACGCGCCGACGAGGGGCUGCCCCUGAUUACGGGCUAG